AUGAACUAUUCUGAGGCAAUAGAGGUUGCAACUAAAAUUCCGCCUGAAGUAAAUAAAUUAUUAAAUUUAAACGAGACUAGAAGAAUUAUUAAUGGUGAGGAAGUAACUGAAGGAAGACCAUAUAUGGUCUAUUUGAAAUUGCCACGAAGUAAUAACAAGAAGCCAAAUUACCGAUCUUGGCUUUGUGGUGGCGUGAUUAUACAUGAGGAAUAUAUCCUCACCUCAGCAGCUUGUAUAGAAGAUGCUGAACAUUUUUACGUAGUAUCUGGAUCUUAUAAGUAUUCCGAUGAAGACGACCGAUACAAUAAUCCUUGCAUCAAAAAUGGCGCUAAGAAAGCGAUAUGGAAAUGCGUACCUAAGAAUUACGUAUUUGAUGGUCACGAAAAUGAUAACAUCAGGUGGAUGAAUAAUGACAUCGCGGUAGUAAAAAUAGAAGAUGGUUUUGAUUUCAACAGACGUAUUCGGGGAUGCGACUUUGUGCCUAAGCCCAUUUGUUAUAAUAACCAGAGUCAUACUUUGGAAAACCCCGGUAAUGUCGUUACUAUUGCUGGAUGGGGAACCACUUCUAGAUACAACGAGUGGGUCAAUCGAAGAAGGGAAAAUCAGCAGAACCUUCUAGAAGCGCAUGUCGAGAUCAUUCCCAAGAACCGUUGCAAACGCCGCUGGGGCUCUCGAUACCACAACAUUAUUGAGAAUUAUAUGAUCUGCACCAAAGAUAUUGGCCAAACGAUGUCAGAGAUUUGUAAUGAGAAAUACGUAGAUUGUCAAGACAUUAACUACUCGGAUGAUGAAGACCUCCGAAGAGACAUCAAGUCAGAGCAAAUACCAACCAAUCUUGUGAUGCACUCCGCCUAUCACAAUGAGUCAAGCGGUAAUGAGUCCAGAAGAUAUGUUUCUCAGGCUGAUGGUGGAUUUUGUGAGAACGAUCACGGUGGACCUCUGAUAUAUGGAGAUGGAGUGAAUUCAGUGGUCAUUGGAGUAAUAUCAGCCUGUCUUGUGAAAGAAAGAACCAACAAAUGUUACGGGCCAUUCUUAUACACUAGUGUGUUUAAAAAUAGACAGUUCAUAUCUUGUGCUAUUUAUAAGGAUAUAGAACCAAAAUGUAGACGUCAAUUCCGCUCCGGAGUUACACACGUUGAAAAGGUUUUAUCAUGGAAGGACCAUCCUGACGGCCCAGCAAAAAAUGAAAUAGCUACACCAACCACCGGUGAAGGCAUCCCCCAUGCUCCUAUAGCAGCUGACGAUAAAGUUUUCUCGGGAAGUGGCUUCAUAAUGCGAGCCGAUGACCACCGAGUAGCUAAUAAAACACAUGUAUCUUGA